AUGUCCUCACACGCCUACUCCCUCUUCGAGCGCCACGACGGCCUCUCGUUCGCCUACAAAGUCCUCGGACGCAACCAGCAUGCGACACCGCUCGUCAUGGUCCACGGACUGAGCGCAGUGGGAUUGAUUGACUGGAUGCCGCUCGCUGCGAGCAUUGCGAAGCACCGACCGGUCCUGAUCUUCGACAACCGCGGCAUCGGCUCGUCCUACAUCCCCAAAGAGAAGGCAGGGGACACAUACGAUGUUCACGAUAUGGCGAACGAUGUGGUGGAGCUGGUGAAGCACGUCGGCUGGCGGGAGAUUGACUUGCUUGGCUUCUCGAUGGGCGGCAUGAUCGCACAAACGGUCCUCGUCACGCCACGACUGCCUUUCAAGAUCCGCCAUGUCGUCCUCGCAGCCACCUCAGCCAAACCCGCCCACUCGGACCUCCUUCAGGCGAUCCCGCAACCACCGGGCGGCGAGCUAACCUACGAAGACAAAGUCAAGCUCGUCACUCCCUUCGUAUACGUCGGGUACGACCCUAAGUUUGUGCAGGACCCGAAGAACAAGGAGAUUCUUGACCGGCGAGUGAGGGAGAGUGUGGAGAGUCGACGACCGGCACGGACAGUCCAGAACCAAGUUGGUGUUAUUGCCGGCUACGACGUCCGGAAACAGCUCUCGUCCGUCCCCUCGACCCUGCCCGUCCUCGUCUUCCACGGCACGCUCGACCGAUCGGUCUACUUCACCGAGUCGUCGUACAUUCGCAAGGGCAUCCCGCACGCGCAGUUCCUCUCGCUCGACGGAGUCGGGCACAUAAUGCGUGCAGGUACGACUACUUCACCCUCGACUGGUGGACCGACCUCCUGA